AUGCUGCGCUCCACGUCCACCGUCACCCUGCUUUCGGGCAGCGGCUCCAGGGCGCCCGGGACGCCCAGCCGGAGGGCCAAUGUCUGUAGGCUACGGCUGACCGUCCCUCCGGAUAGUCCAGCUCCUGAGCAAACUGAAAAAAAGAUCGAGAGAAAAGAUCAGCCUCCUGACAUAAGCAAUGCAGAGCCUCCCAGGAAACUUCCUCAAGGGGUUGUUUAUGGUGUGGUGCGAAGAUCCGAUCAAAACCAGCAGAAAGAAAUGGUGGUGUACGGGUGGUCAACCAGUCAACUGAAAGAAGAGAUGAACUACAUCAAGGAUGUACGAGCCACUUUGGAGAAAGUAAGGAAGCGAAUGUUUGGAGACUACGAUGAAAUGCGGCAUAAGAUUCGGCAGCUCACUCAGGAUCUGUCAGUUACCCGAGCUCAGCAGGACUAUCUGGAGAAUCACAUCGAAGCCCAGUCAUCAGCCCUGGAUAGCUUUAAUGCCAUGAACUCAGCUUUGGCGUCGGACUCCAUUGGUCUGCAGAAAACCCUUGUGGAUGUUACUUUGGAAAAUAGCAACAUUAAGGAUCAGAUUAGAAAUUUGCAGAAGACAUAUGAAGCAUCCAUGGAGAAGCUACAGGAGAAACAGAGGCAGUUAGAUGUGGCACAAGUUGAAAACCAGCUGCUGAAAAUGAAGGUGGAAGCAUCCCAAGAAGCCAAUGCGGAGGUGCUGCGAGAGAUGACUAGGAAGCUGUACAGCCAGUAUGAGGAGAAGCUGCAGGCGGAGCAGCAGAAGCACAGUGCCGAAAAGGAGGCCCUUCUGGAAGAAACCAAUAGUUUCCUGAAGGCAAUUGAAGAAGCCAAUAAAAAGAUGCAGGCAGCAGAAAUCAGCCUAGAAGAGAAAGACCAGAGGAUUGGAGAGCUUGACCGGCUGAUUGAGCGGAUGGAAAAGGAACGGCAUCAGCUCCAACUUCAGCUAGCAGAACAUGAAACAGAACUGUCAGGGGAAGUGGCUGAUUCUGACAAGGAGAGGUAUCAGCAGCUGGAGGAAGCAUCGGCCAGCCUCCGGGAGCGCAUCAGACACCUUGACGAUAUGGUGCACUGCCAGCAGAAGAAGGUCAAGCAGAUGGUCGAGGAGAUUGAGUCAUUAAAGAAAAAAUUGCAACAGAAACAGCUCUUAAUAUUGCAGCUUUUAGAGAAGAUCUCUUUCUUGGAAGGAGAGAAUAAUGAACUACAAAGCAGGCUGGACUAUUUAACGGAAACUCAGUCCAAGACGGAAGUGGAAACCAGAGAGAUUGGAGUGGGCUGUGAUCUCCUUCCCAGCCCAACAGGCAGGACUCGAGAAAUCGUGAUGCCUUCCAGGAACUACACCCCAUACACAAGGGUCCUGGAACUGACCAUGAAGAAAAACCUGACUUAGAGAUGUGCACAUCUUACAAAUGGAGAGGCCUCAUAACCUCGAGACUUCAAGUCAGGAGAGGGUGCCUGUUCUUUCCUUAUUUAUACAGUAUAAGCACAAAUGGAAAUUGCUGGAGUUCUGAUCUGCUUCUAAGAUGUGAGGGAAAGUGGAGGUAGCAAGGACAGGCAAGAGACGGGUGAGUACACAAGGUCGUAUUUCAAACACCCAAAGGAUCCUGCUGCCCUGCCUUGUGACUAGCUUCUGUGUGGCACCGAAGUCUCUCCAGAAUUCCCCCGUAAUUUAUCUUCCAGUUUUCAAAGCUUCGGUUGGAUGGGGCAAGGGCAUUCAUUUGAAGUUUCAUGUUAUUCACACCAGGAUCAUUUGUUACAGCAUGAAGAUUUUGUUUACCCGUAAAAGUAUUAGGGGCAGGGUUUCCCUGGCAGAGGGAAGCCUGCCAGUCAAGAACAGGGGCAUCUGAAGAAACUUGAACGUGGGACAAGCAUUUCCCGCAGCUCUUUCCUCUUGUUCCCUAGGAGCCCUGUGGCAUUGUGGGAGCCUCAGUUACAGACUUGUGUGGACCAGGCAAACUUCACUCUUGUGCAUUAAUCCUUUGGUUUCAUCUGUGCCUUGUAUCUUUACUGGGUCAACUGAAAUCAACUGUAUUUAUUUAAACUGUGAUUGGUUGUUUUUGCUUUGUUUUUGUUUUUUUUUUCUUUCUCACUUUAACUUAAAGAAACUUUUCUGUGUUCUGGAGAUUUCAUCUUUUAAUUUUUGUGUAUCAUUCUGUGUUUUUGUCUAAUGAAUGAAUAAUCUUUCACACACGUUUUUCUUUGAUAUUGUAACCUACAGCACCUAUGUUUAAUAAAAACCAUAUAUUUUGUUC